UACUUGAAGAUGCAGAACAGAAGCAAGUAACAAACAAGUUGGUGAGGUUAUUUCUUGGUGGUCUCAGGGACUUGGCUCUUGACAUGGAAGAUAUCCUUGACGAACUGGAGCUCGAUGCCAAGCGGAAACUGAUUGCAAGUCCUCAAGCCAGCACCAGCAUCAUACAAAAACUCACACCGAAGUGGGUUAAAGAUCCAGAGAUUGCUUCCCAGAUAAAGAACAUAACUGCCAGACUGCAACAUUUUGAAGGAGAGAUAAGGACUUUGGACUUGAUUAAUUCGGCUGUGAAUGUUGAAGCAAGUUCUAGUAAAGCUGUUGCAGUGAGAUCACUAGAUACUGCCAUGCCCGAAUCUCGUAUUGUUUAUGGUCGGGAAAGUGAUAAAGAGAAAAUCUUUCAAAUGUUUGAUGAUGAAGGCAAUCAUGAAGGAUACUCUGUUAUUCCAAUUAUCGGAAUGGGGGGUCUAGGCAAGACCACUCUUGCAGGCCUCAUUUAUUAUGAUGAUGAAAAAUUGAAGGAUUAUGGGUUUGAAUUGAAGGCCUGGGUUUGUGUUUCUGAUGUAUUUGAUGUUGACCAAAUUACAAGGGUCAUUCUACAGCAAGUAACUAGGAAAAAGUCUGAUGUACAAGAUCUUUUUUCACUACAACAGGAUCUGAAGAAAGAACUCUCUGGUAAGAAGUUCUUACUUGUACUAGACGACAUAUGGAAUGAGGAGUAUCACCGGUGGGAUGUACUACGAAGACCUUUCUCAGAUGGAGCACCUGGAAGUAAAAUCAUCGUAACAACUCGAAACAUGGUUGUUGCAAAAACCAUGAGAGCAGAUGAUAAAGUUUACAAUUUAGAUCUUCUUCCAGAGGAUGAAUGUUUGUCAUUAUUUGCUAGACAUGCAUUAGACAAGGAGAAUUUUGAUUCUCACCCAGAACUAGAAGGAGUUGGCAGAGAAAUUGUAGAUAAAUGUAAAGGAUUACCUUUGGCUGUGAAAGUCCUUGGUGGCCUCUUGCGUUGUAAACCGUAUUAUCAGGAGUGGGAAGAUCUGUUAAAUCGUGAGUUGUGCAAUCUACCCGAAGGCCAAAGUGACAUUUCUGCAGUUCUGAAAUUAAGCUACAACCGUCUUCCUCCUCAUUUGAAGGGAUGCUUUGGCUUUUGUGCUAUAUUUCCUAAGGACCAUGAAUUUGACAAAAAUGAGUUAGUUUUGUUAUGGAUGGCACAAGGGUUUUUGCAACAACCGUCACAAGGAAUAAAGCAAAUGCAUGAUCGUGGCCAUCAAUGUUUUAAUGAUUUAUUAUCAAGAUCAAUUUUUCAACCAUCAAUCAGAGAUCGAUCACUAUUUAUGAUGCAUGAUUUCAUAAGUGAUUUAACUCAAGAAGUUGCUGGAGAAAUAUGCUGCAGUCUUGAUCAACUGAGCUUGGGUGAUAAUAAGGCUCGCCAUUUGUCAUUUGCUCCUCGCCGAUAUGAUGUAUUGAAAAGAUUUGAAGUCUUGAAUGAAGAGAAGAAUUUGCGAACACUCCUACGAUUGAAAUGGAACAAUAAUAGAAAUUGGCCUGGUCCCUACUUAUCGAAUGAAGUUGCAGUCGGUAUAUUACCAAAAUUGAAGUGCCUAAGGGUGUUAUCUCUUUGUGGAGUACAGAAGCUACCAAAUUCAAUUGGGGAUUUGAAGCAUCUACGAUUCGUUAAUCUGUCUCAUUCAUUAAUUCAAAGUUUGCCCGAGUCGGUGGGUUCCUUGCUUUUCUUACAGACAUUGAUUUUACAUGACUGUAAAGAGCUUACUAGGGUACCUGCAACAAUUGGGAAUCUAAUUGACCUCCAUUAUCUUGACCUUACUAAUACACCAUCUCUGACAGAGAUUCCAUUGGAGGUAGCUAAAUUGAGAAGUCUUGUGUUACUGACCAAAUUUAUUCUGGGGAAAGCUGAUUCUGGAUUAAGAUUGAAAGAAUUGAAGAACCUGACAGGCCUUCAAGGUCGACUUUCCAUUUUGAAUCUACACAAUCUUUUAGAUAUUGAAGAUGCCAAGGAUGUCAAGCUGUACAACAUGAAAUUGGAUGAUUUAUCCUUGGAGUGGGCUUCUGUUUGUUCUGAUUCACAGAGUAAAGUGAAAGACUUCCAAGUCCUUGAAUGCUUAAAACCUGGUCAAAGAUUGGAAAGGUUGACGAUCGAUUGCUACUGUGGGGAAGAAUUCCCAUCCUGGAUAGGUGAUCCAUCCUUUUCCCAGUUAAAGUUCUUGGAGCUUCGUGAUUGUCAAAAUUGUACAUCAUUACCAUCACUGGGGCAAUUACCCCAGCUCAAAGAAUUGAUCAUUAAAGGAAGCAAGGCUGCAACUCUGACUGGGGAUGGUGACAAAUUUUCCUCCAGUAAUUGUUUUCUAUCAUUAGAGAAGCUGGUGUUGGAGGACUGUUGCUUGUUGGGAAAAUUACCAAAAGAACUUCCAUCUCUUAAAGUGCUUUUGAUUGUAAGAUGCCCACAGUUAACGUACUCACCGGUGAGCCUUCCCUCACUUCAAAAUUUAGCUAUAAAAGAAUGUAGUGAGGUAGUUUUGAGGAGUAUGGUUGAUCUCAUUUCCCUUUCCAACUUGGAAAUUUUCAAAAUUUCGAGUCUGGCUUUUUUGCCUAAGAGGUUUUUAGAGUCAAUGAUAGCACUUGAAUUUAUGUGGAUCGAUAGUUGUGAGGAACUUACUUGUUUGUGGGAGGAAGGAGCAAAUAUUGCAAACCUUGCACAUCUUCUACAGUUGUCAAUCCGUUCGUGUCCUCUGCUUACGUCAGUGACAGUGGAACUCAAAGGUCUUGUAGAAUUAUCUGUUUGGAGUUGUCCUAAUUUCAAAUUGUUUCCAAGUGGUCAAUUGCCCGCCAGACUUAAAAUUUUGGAAAUUGGGAGCUGUGAAAAUCUAGAAUCUCUACCGGAGGGAUUGAUGGAUGAUAAUAAUGGAGAUAACAUGCUGCAGCUUAAACACUUAUUUCUACUGAAGAUUCCAAUUCGAAAUUUAUUUCCAAGCGGCUUGCUUCCUUUGGAUCACAUGUCAAGCCUCAGCACUCUCACUUGGUUAUUAAUUCAUCAAGUUGAAGGUUUGGAGUCGUUCCCAGAAAGUGGUCUGGGCAUGCCUAAUCUUAUAUUUCUGAGUAUUUAUGAUUGUAAGAAUCUCAGGUCCCUGCCCAAUAGAAUGCACAACCUUACAUCUCUCCAAUCAUUAAGCAUACGGUGGUGCAAAAGGAUCGAUUCCAUUCCAGAAGGUGGUUUGCCCACAAGCCUGACAGACGUUUACAUUAAUUGUGAGAAUUUGAAACAGCCAAUCAAAGAAUGGGGGCUCCACAGGCUUACCUCUCUUGAAAGGUUCAACAUAGGUUGGAUAUGCCCUCCAGGUGAUUUACUUCCUACUUCUCUAAUCCAUUUUGGGAUAGAACAGGUAAAAAAUCUGAAAGCGCUAUCUAGAGAGCUCCUCCAAAACCUCAACUCUCUUCAGGAACUAUCCAUUGAUAACUGUUCGGAGCUCCAGUUCUUACCGAAGGAAGGUCUGCCUUCCUCGCUUGGGCUUCUCCAGAUCCACAACUGUCCACGGCUAGCACAACGGUUAAAGGAGAAGCAAGACGAUCGGCGCCUCAUAGCCCACAUUCCCUGUGUCAAGAUAGAUUGAAAUUGGGCAUAGCUUCUGUUUGCAGUAAACAAAUGUGUUGGAAGCAGAAGACUAGCUUUUGUUUUUCAUUUGGUUUCUGAUAUGAAUUCACCAUUGAUGGGUUUAAGAUAAGACAUGGACAGGCCCCAAUGUCUUCCGAUUCUUACCUCAAAUGGAACAUCCUCGACGUUGAGAUAGAUGGAAAAUGGGUACUACCAUGUUCUUCUCAGAAUUAAUUUCGGAUUUUAUUAUUUCCAUCUUCUUCCAACUCGCCUUUUACAUUUUUGAUCUAUAUUCUUUUUCUUUUUUCCAGGUGCUUUAGCAACGGCAGCAGGACAUGGAUUUUUGAAUCAAACUCUUUCUCAAUGAAGAUUCUGUGCUUUG